ACAAAUGCCAGACAAGUUUGUCUCAUAAAGUUAUCCUGUAAAAUAAUCCUUUGGUUUGAGGUGUCGGAUGAAUUUGUCCUGAUAAUGGGGUCGGAAACAGGCUUUGGUUGACAAUCUUAAAUGCUAAACGUGUUCAGUCGUUCUCUUCUCAAUUGAUGACUCCGUAGAUUGGGAAGUGCUACGGAAUGUAGCCAAUCAAGAAGCAAGCUGACUCUGACGGACAAGAAAGCGGCCGUAAAGAAAAACAUGUUCUACCUGCGAUGUGUUUUGUGUACGUGGGUUCACUCGACGGCAGGAAGUCAUUUCCCAAAAAGUCUAUAUGGACGGCACUCCCGCCAAUGUUCUUUCUUGAGAUUAUCAGAGCACACCACACACAGUAUGACAUUUUAAAUCUUCGUUUCGGAUUAAGAUAAAUAGUUGUGAAGAAUCUUUACAGGUACAUCUCAAAAGUGUCAAAAGCUUAAUUUAGUUAGGUAGCUCAAUUCAAAUAGUGAAACUCAUAGAGUUUAUAUAUUUUAUAUAUUUUAUUUCAUGAUUUAAAAAAAAAAAAUAAAAAAAAAAAAAUUGAUUGUCGCUCACGGCAAACAAAAAUCCUAAAAAAAUAUACAGAAACUAUAAUAUUAAGUAGCAGUGAAAACGAUUUUUAAUGUUGCAAUUUGGCAGGAAUUUACCCUCUGAAAAGUAUUUUCCCAAGUUUGUAAUGAAUGAGUACUGAAAUAAAUGAACUUUUCAGCAAUAUUUAAAUUUCUGGAGAUUAUGUGUGUGCGCGUGCACCAGGCGUCGGUGGGCGUGUAGUGCCAAGAUUGUGCACAGGCGGCGCUCUGUACAGAAAAGACUGAUUUUGUGGGACGAGGGGAUAUGACGUCAGCAUCCUAGCAACGGAAAAGAAGGCACAGAAAGGCUGAAGCAAGCUAAUUGCUAAGCGCUUGGUUCGCAAUGUAAACAUGUUACUCGUUUUGAUAUUGCGCUCUUAUACAGCCUGCUCUUGGUUCAUGGUGAAUACAAGUCUUAUUUACAAGGUGACUGACGUGUGUCGAGACUAAAACGAGUUUAACACGCUCGCUCGAAGCGCUAUAGCAUUAGCGGCAGUUGACGGUUUUUACCCUUAAUUUUUUUUUUUUUUUUUUUAAAUUGUUGGGAUAUGUAUUCUUCGUUUGGGUCUUCCCGUGACAUGGACGGACACCUAAAUCACAGGACCGAGUGAUGCUUAGCAUUGUCAAUGGCCACUAAGGUUACAUCAGGCAGGACUUCGCUCACAAUGUAGUUCGGGUAACGGUCGCCACACCACACAACGGGGCUGACGAGUGGCGGAACUCCCGAUGACCACUUGACUGCAGACCCGCACUUGGCCCGACAUGUUUAGCCUGAUGGCCAAUUGCUGCAACUGGCUGAAACGCUGGCGAGAGCCGGCAAGAAAAGUGACUUUGGUGAUGGUAGGACUGGAUAACGCAGGAAAGACCGCCACAGUACGAGGAAUCCAAGGAGAGAAUCCCCAGGACGUUGCUCCAACUGUGGGUUUUUCGAAGGUUGACUUGAAGCAAGGAAAAUUUGAGGUCACCAUCUUUGAUCUGGGUGGUGGGAAGAGGAUCCGCGGUAUAUGGAAGAAUUACUACUCGGAGUCACACGGUGUGGUGUUUGUGGUGGACUCCAGUGACGUGCAGCGGAUUCAGGAGACGCGGGAGACCAUGGCAGAGGUUCUGCAGCACCCGCGCAUCGCUGGGAAGCCGGUGCUGGUACUUGCCAACAAACAGGAUCAGGAAGGAGCACUGGCUGAAGCAGACAUCAUUGAGAACCUGUCGUUAGAGAGGCUUGUUAAUGAGAACAAGUGUCUCUGUCAGAUCGAGCCGUGUUCUGCGGUCCUGGGUUACGGCAAGAAGGUUGACAAAUCCAUCAAAAGGGGUUUGAGCUGGUUGCUCAACAACAUUGCCAAAGAUUAUGAGGCCAUUACUGAACGUGUGCAGAAAGACACUGCAGAACAGCGUGCUCUGGAAGAACAGGAUAAGAAAGAAAGGGCAGAACGAGUCCGGCGGAUAAAAGAAGAGAGAGAACGGCAAGAGAGGGAAGAGGCAGAACGUGAAGGCAGGCAGAUUUGCGAAGAUGAACCUGAUGAAGAAAACAUGCCCAACCCCUUCCAGCCGAUCGAAAAUGUCAUCAGUGAGAGUGGGGAUAAAGAAAAUGCGAGAAGGCAACAGGAGCUGCAGGAGUGCACGAUCAACAGUCUGAAGGCAGACGGCAAGUAUCAGGAGGACAAUCAUGAAGAGAGAGACGAUGCCAGGCAAAUGCCAGAUAAUUCCAGCUCAAGCACAACCACGGAGCAAAGCAAGCAAAAGGUGAGAAAAUUGUACCUGAAGAGGAAGCACCGUGUGGACCCGCUGAAGACGGAGGAGGGGCCAGCAGAGAGACCCUCCCCUGCGCCAGUUCCAGUCGGCUGGGAGUCACCUAACGUUUCUCGGCUGCCCAAACUCGAGCCUCUGUGGGCCUCAAAAGCCUCUGAGUUUUACAAGAAGCCACUCCCGCCUGUCGCAAAUAAACCACAGCCUAACAGUGACACCCACGAUGUGGUUUUUUAACCUCAUUUGCUGAUUGAGCCCCCCCAAUCACGGCUCUCCCCUUUUGCUUUCUGUCCCAAGCGAGCGGAGUUUAAACCGCACCGUGGCGCUCAGCGGCCCGGGAGCAAAGAAGUGCAGCGUAAAAGACGAAGGAGCAAGACGGAGACGGAUGCUCUGUUCACACGCCAUCAAGCUGUGCUUUCACAGGCUCAAAGAACACUUACACGUUUACUAGACAAACGUUUCCAUGUACCAUAUGUUUUUACCAUGUUAUUAAACAAAAUGAA